AUGUACAUGUUUAAUCAUACUGUCAACUCGCGCAUAUUAUUUCCAAUGAUUGAUAACGCAGAAUUCAGUGCCGAUACGUUGCUAGACUUGGGGCAGCAAAUGCUGAUGAACAGCGAUGGUUUUGGAGGAUGCCCACUCCGGCUUGCAUGCUGGGCUACACAGAAGCACAUCGCAGACCCUCGUGCAAUACUCAGUCAAAUUAUCAAUAACAAACUGUUGUCAGCCAUGGUGAACUCCUCGUCAGUGGAAGAUGCUAUGAUCUCAGGGUUACACGGCCGCAGCUGCAGCACCUACAGUCCCUGUCCCCUCCAAGAACACCACGUGCCUCUUCUUAUGAACAACUUGGCUAUGCUUACUAACACGCCAGAUAUUUAUUGA